AUGAUCUCAAAUCCAAGGGCAGGGCGGCGAUUCGGAGAAAAGCUGCUCCUCGCGGCCUCUCGGGGCCAGGCGGCGGCGUAUUUACCCGCAAUCAGCUCAUCCCCGGCCGCGUCCCCCUCGCGCGCCUCCACCGCGACGCGGCCGACGCAGAGAGGGCCCGCGCGAGCGAGCGAGCGACUAGGGGGCCGGGGACGUGCGAGUCGGGCCGUGUGCGCGCUGCCAACCAGUCAGGAAGUGCCCGGGAACAUCCCGAGCGGCCCGCCGCUCUCCGCCUCCCGGCAGCCGCCGCCGCCGCCGCCGCCGCCGCCGCUAAGAGUGGCCAGGAGCCCCGGCGCUGCAGCCCCCUCUCCGCCGCGCUCUCUGGGCAGGGCAGCUGUCGCCUCCUGCUGCUGCUGCUCCUCCUUCUGGCCGACAGUGGCUUAG